AUGAGCAUAACAAAGAAGCAGAAGCUUAUAAAUAAUUAUAAAGGCUACUCAAUUAAAGAAGGAGAUGAGAUAACAGUGUUGCAAGACAUCCCCAGUGCUAAAGUGUUCUGGAAUGAAUAUAUCAAGAUACGGAAACCAAUCAAGUUCACAAAGCAGGACACCCUCGAGUUAUCCAACUUUACAGCAAAGAACAUUAAAGAUUUCUUGCAAUAUGAUCUGGACCUUCAGGUUGAACGUAAACACAAUUAUGGGUUUGGUGGUGGACAUACUCGAGAAAAGCUCCUGAUGGAACGCAUCUUAAAGGAGUUUGAAAAAGGAGAUCGGUCAUAUUAUUUGACUACACAAUAUGACUUUGAUGAUCCCGAUUUCGAUAGUGAAAAUGAAGGUGAAUCUAAGGAAGAGGAGGGCUCGAAUGAUGAAGAUGGCGGGUUUGGAACUGUCUUUUCAGAUACUUCCUCAAUGGCCUCUUUGGACAUGAAUGAUCUUCAUGAUGAUUUUGAUGACGAGGAAGCGAAAGAGGAAGCAGUAGAUAAUGAACAUGCUGAUUCUGAUAAUAGUGGGUUUAGCUCAGAAACAGACAGUGAAAUGACCGAAGAGGAGUUGAGAUAUCGUUUGAAAGAACUAUUGCAGCCCCCAUUAACUAACUUAUAUGGCAAGAUUCCAAUUCUACCGGAAGUUUUCAAAACAUUAGUACCCCAACAAGUAAAUUUGUGGAUGGGAGCCACCGAUCCUAUCGUUGACCUGAAGGAAGAGCUUCCAGCACUCGAUGAAACUAAAAAGAAUUUAGGCCUUGGUCGGUAUAUACCUUCUGGGGGAACUUCAUCUGGAUUACACCAUGAUCAUGCGGAUAAUUUAUACAUAUUGGCACAAGGUAGGAAGAGAUUUACUUUGAUUUCUCCAUUGGAUGCUGAAAAAUUGCACACUGUAGGUACUAUUUUCCAAAUCUUUGAAAAUGGAAUCAUUGACUACGACGAAGAUGAACAUGCUCCAGAUUGGUCACAUGUUAGAGAUGACGGAGCAUUGGUUACAGAUGUAAUUCAAUGGAAAUUGGAGACUGAUGAUACAUUAUCCAGCGAGACUAGAAAGACAUUGGAACAAAGUUUGGAAGCAUCUAAAGUUGCCAGAAAGUCCAAGACAGUAGUCAAAGGUUUGAAAUUAGAUCCACCUAGUUUCUCGACUAUUCCACCAUGUCUUUUACAUUUGGACGAGAUCCUGAAUGAAGAAUAUAAACAACGUUUAACACGCUUUGCUGAAAAGUACUUCCCAGAAGUCCUAAAGAUAAAUAAGAUGGUAGUGGAAUUGAAACCCGGUGAGGCGUUGUACUUGCCCUGUGGUUGGUUCCACGAAGUCAGCUCAUUUGGUACAAGUGGAGCCAAUGCGCCACUCGAAAACGUCCACAUAGCUAUCAAUUAUUGGAUGGUACCACCUAAUAACUUGGAAGAUAUGAACAAUUGUUACAAAGAUGGCUAUUAUGUAGAAGACUGGGGCCGUACAAAAGCGGGCUUUGAGAGUUUGAUAUAG